AAAAAUAACCUUACAAAUUCUUGUUUAUUUUUGUUGUGUGCAAUUGCAGUCUGCAUCUUUAAAAAGUGAUUUAUCGAGCAGUAACCUUAGAAAGGCUAAUUUUAAUUUAACAAGAAUGAUUUUAAUUCAAAUAUUAACAUAAUUAAAAAAAAAUGUCUAAUCAAGUGUCCGCCUUCGUCGCGGGCUUAAAGUCCAGAAAUGUAGAUAUUCAGACAAAAACCGCACGAGAACUUUACCAUUAUGCUAAAACUGAACUUCGCGAGGUCCCCCAAGAGGAACUUACACAAUUUCUUGACGAAUUUAACCAUCAAAUAUUCGAAAUGGUAUCUAGUAAUGAUGUCCAUGAGAAAAAGGGUGGAGUACUAGCUAUAGUUUGUCUCAUUGGAGGGGAUUGUGAUACGACUAAAACAAGAAUUACUAGGUUUGCUAAUUAUCUGAGAAAUUUAUUACCGUCAUCUGAUGUGGGUGUAAUGGAACUUGCUGCUAAAACAGUAGGACGUCUUGCUACUGUGUCUGGAGUUAAAAGAGCUGAAUAUGUGGAGUUUGAAGUUAAAAGAGCAUUUGAAUGGCUAUCAGAGGAGAGAAAUGAGGGCAGACGACACUCAGCUGUGUUACUGUUGAAGGAAUUAGCUAUUGCUAUGCCGACAUAUUUCUAUCAACAAGUUUCAGGUUUCUUUGAUCAUAUCCUGAUAGCACUGAAGGACCCUAAGCAACAGAUAAGAGAAGCGGCAGCAAAAGCUCUCAGAGCUGGUUUGGUAGUCACAGCUCAAAGGGAAACAGCAAAACAGUCAACAGCUAAACCUCAGUGGUAUAUGCAAUGUUAUGAAGAAGCCAUGUCUUCAUUUGAAGAAAUACCAAUAAGAGAAAAGGGAAUAACAAAAGAAGACAGAGUUCAUGGAGGUCUACUCAUCUUAAAUGAGUUGCUUAGAUGCUCAAAUGCUGCAUGGGAGAAGAAAUACACAUUUCUUAUGAGAAGUCUGGAUACACAGAAAGAUAUAACAGUUUCUGAUGAUAUUAUUUUUAUUAGUUCGAAGCUACACAGUCCAUCAGUAAAAAGAGGCUACUUGUGUGACGGCUUUAAAACUGAAAAUGUUCAGUAUCCUGUCCCCAUAUAUGAAUCUGAAGUUUGUAAAAAAUUAUUAUCUGACAAAAUUGAAAGGACAUGUCAAGAUGUAAUGUCUCAGAAGCUGCUUAAAACUCAAGGAGUUCCACAAAUUCUUCUAAUUAUUAUUCCAAGACUGGCAGCAUUUAAUAAAGAACUUUUCCUAAAGAAAUAUCUAAAUUCCACAAUGCAUUAUCUCAUUACUUCAAUCAAAAGUAGGGAAAAAGAUAGAAACAUGGCAUUUACUACUUUAGGUUUGAUGGCAGCUGCUAUUGAAUGUGACAUUAAAGCUUUCUUACCGAGAAUAAUGGAGGUAAUCAAACAAGCCUUACCAGUCAGAGACAAUCAGAGUAAAAAGAGAAUAUGGAUUGAUCCAUCUAUUUUUGCAUGCAUAACGUUACUCAGCAGUGCAGUUAAAGAUCUAGUUAUCAGUGACAUUAAAGAAUUACUAGAUGCCAUGUUUGCAACUGGCCUUAGUCCAUCACUAACAAUAUGUUUGAAUGAAUUAAGCCACAAACUGCCUUCAUUAAAAGGUGAAAUUUCAGAAGGACUUUUAAACAUGCUAUCACAUGUUUUACGAAAUAAACCUUUUUUACAUCCUGGAGUACCACGAAGUUUAGAGCAACAGAGUAAUAUGAGUCUUGUGAUAGAACUUCAAGACACUGCAAAUAUAGUUCUAGCUUUGAGAACACUUGGAACUUUCCAAUUUGAAGGACAGCAUAGCUUACUCACAUUUGUUAGACGUUGUGCAGAUUAUUUCCUACAGAGUGACCAACAAGAAAUUAGAGUGGAAGCAGUAAAAACAUCGGCAAAAUUGCUUGCAGAUGCCACUAAGAGGACUGCGAAAACUCCUUCUAGAACUUUAACUAUGCUAACUGCUGAAGUUGUUGGUAAAAUGUUAGUUGUAUCAGUUACUGACCCUGACUAUGAAGUGAGAUAUUGGGUUUUGGAGUCUCUCACUGAAACCUUUAACACUCAUUUGGCACAAAUAGAAAAUUUGAGUUUUCUGUUUAUUGCUAUGAAUGAUGAGCAUUUAGAAAUUCGAGAACUUGCUAUUUGCACAUUAGGCCGAUUGAGUGUCGUAAAUCCUGCAUAUGUGAUGCCUGGUCUGAGGAAAAUUUUAAUACAAUUUUUAACAGAACUAGAACAUUCAGGGAUGAGCAGAAACAAAGAGCAGGCAGCUAGAAUGCUGGAUAAUCUUAUUUUACAUGCACCAAAACUUGUUAAACCAUAUAUGGAAACAAUUUUAAAUGUGCUUGUUCCCAAAUUAAAAGAACCCGAUUUAAACCCAGGAGUUAUCAUAAGCGUUUUAAAAGCUGUAGGUGAUUUAGCUGAUGUUCAUGGGGAUAAUACUGGACUCAAAAAGUGUUUACCAGACCUUUUAACAAUUCUUCUUGAUCUACUCUCUGAUGCAAGUGCAACGGAUAAAAGAAGUGUGGCCUUGUGGGUAUUUGGUCAACUUAUAAGCGCAACUGGGUAUGUUGUUACGCCAUACACAGAAUAUCCUAAUUUAAUGGACGUUUUGCUCAAUUUCUUAAAAACUGAGCAACAACCUAAAGACAGACGAGAAACAAUUCGAGUCUUAGGACUUCUUGGUGCUUUAGACCCUUACAAACAUAAGAUCACAAGAGGCUUAAUUGAUGGUAAACCAGAUUCUAGUUUAGUACCAGUUGCCGACAGCAAGGCGGAAGAAAAUAACUUUGAUAUGACUACGAGUGAAAUGUUGGUGAAUAUGUCGUCACCAGUACUUGACGAGUACUAUCCUGCAAUCGUAAUUUCUACUCUAAUGCGUAUUCUUCGAGAUCCAACCCUCCAACAACAUCAUACAAGUGUCGUUCAAGCUGUGACAUUUAUUUUUCAAUCUUUGGGUAUAAAAUGUGUUCCAUACAUCUCACGUGUCACACCAAGUCUUCUGUAUGUGGCACGUGCAACUGAUAACAAUAAUUUUCGGGAGUUUCUUUUCACACAAUUAGCAAAACUUAUUGCUAUUGUAAAGCAACAUAUUCGCAACUAUUUAGAUAAAAUAUUUGAUCUCAUAAAAGAAUUUUGGACUCUAAAUAGUCCCUUGCAAUCUACUUUGAUAUUGUUGGUUGAGCAUAUAGCCGUAGCACUUGGAUCUGAGUUCAAAGUAUAUUUACCUCAGCUGAUGCCCCAAAUACUUCGCGUACUCGCGCACGAUACUAGUAAAGACAGAUGUGUAACAGAAAAACUUCUGUAUGCUCUACAAAAGUUUGAAGAUAACCUAGAUGAUUAUAUGCACUUGGUCAUUCCAUCUAUUGUUAAGUUAUUUGAUGCAUCAGACUGUCCUAUUCCAGUGGCUAAAGUAGCUAUGGAAACGGUUGAUUAUCUCUCAGAUUCCUUAAAUUAUAGCGAACUUGUGUCGAGAAUAAUACAUCCACUUGUUAGAAGUUUAGACACUUGCUAUACUUUACGAACUACUGCCAUGGAUACCUUAUGUGCUCUGAUUAUACAACUUGGAAGGAAAUAUAAUGACUUUAUUCCACUCGUACAAAAAGUUAUAGUAAAGCACAGAAUACAACAUCAAAACUAUGAACUGCUACUCUCGAAACUGCAAUCAAAUACAACUUUAGCUGUUGAUGAGUUUUUGCAAAGUACGCGACGGAAACCUAGAAAUAAUAACCAAGAGGUUUUAGCUUGUGAUUCAUCGCAGUCUAUCCGUAAAUUGUGUGUAAACGCGCACAGUCUGAAAGUAGCGUGGACUGUAAGCAGCCGAGUUUCUAAGGAUGAUUGGCUCGAAUGGUUACGACGUUUCAGCAUUGGUUUGCUUACAGAAUCACACAGUCCAGCGUUGAGGGCAUGUCUGGCAUUAGCCCAUAACUAUUCUCAAUUGUUACGUGACCUAUUCAACGCAGCAUUUGUUUCCUGUUGGACGGAACUUGACAACUCAUCGCGAACAGAAUUAGCGAAUGCUCUGGAACAGGCGUUGACAGCUCCUGAUGCACCAGAGUUAGCUCAUACUGUCUUAAACCUUGCUGAAUUUAUGGAGCAUUGCGAAGGCGGUGCUUUACCUAUUUCUACACAUUUGCUUGGAGAAAGGGCUAUGCAUUGCAGAGCAUAUGCCAAAGCACUUCAUUACAAGGAAGAAGAGUUUCGCAAUGGAGCCACUUCUCAAGUCGUAGAGGCUUUGAUUCAUAUUAAUAAUAAAUUACAACAAAAAGAAGCCGCAGAAGGGUUACUCGAACGUGUAAUGGCACAACGUGAAGCAGGUGACACGACUUUAAAAGUUCAAAUACGAUGGUAUGAGAAAUUACAUAACUGGGAAAAAGCUUUGAACUUAUAUGGAGAAAAAUUGGUAGAAGAUAAUGAUCACACGGAAUCUUACCUCGGCGAAAUGCGAUGUUUCGAAGCAUUAGGAGAAUGGGUUAAACUAUAUCACACAGUUUCAAAACGUUGGCCGAGAAUGAGCGAUGAUGAGAAAUUCAAAUCAGCUCGCAUAGCCGCCGCUGCAGCCUGGGGUUUAAAUGAAUGGGACUCGAUGAAUAAUUAUGUUAACUUUUUACCUGAAAAUUCUCAAGAUGGAGCCUUUUACAGAGCUGUUCUUAACAUUCACAAUGAAGAUUAUGGUAUCUCAAAAUUAUAUAUUGAUCAGGCAAGAACUAUAUUAGACUCGGAGUUAACAGCAGUGGCUGGAGAAAGUUAUCAGAGGGCUUACGGGGCUUUAGUUAAUGCUCAGUUACUCGCCGAGCUAGAGGAAGUGAUUACAUACAAAUUAGUUCCUGAAAGACGAGAAUCCAUAAGACAAGCGUGGUGGACUAGACUUCAAGGUGGGCAGAGAUUGGUCGAGGAUUGGCGUAAAAUUCUUCAAGUUCGUAGUUUAGUCCUGACGCCGCAAGAAGAUAUGGCCACCUGGCUAAAAUUUGCUUCGCUUUGCAGAAAGAGUGGUGCGCCACGUCAAGCUCAUAGAACCCUAGUGAUGCUCCUCGGUAUUGAUCCCAGUAAAAAUCGCGACAUGCCCCUACCAACCCACGAACCGAGACUAACUCUCGCUUACGCGAAACAUCUGUGGGUUGCUGGAGACAAGCAACUUGCAUAUGAUCAGUUGCAACGCUACGUCGAAAAUGUUGAAACGGGAGAUGCGGAACACUGUCGAUUAUUAGCUCGUUGCCAUUUGAAAUUAGGGUCUUGGUGCGAAUCGUUGCUAGGUAUAAAUAAACACUCGAUACCGGAAAUUUUACGCAAUUAUUCAGCUGCAACUACUUUAUCUUCUAACUGGUAUAAGGCUUGGCACGCAUGGGCAUACAUGAAUUUUGAAACAGUUCUCUUUUACAAACAUCAAGAGACUGAUAUGUCCAAUUCAGAAGAAAUUAAAGCCGCAUCAGAAUAUAUACAAACUCACACCGUCCCGGCGGUUGAGGGAUUCUUCAAAUCGAUUAACUUGUCCCACGGUAGCUCACUCCAGGAUACGUUGAGGUUGCUGACUUUAUGGUUCGACUAUGGACACCACCCCGCUGUUCAUGAAGCACUCGUAGAAGGUAUAAGAACCAUCGAAAUAAACGUGUGGCUUCAAGUUAUACCGCAGCUCAUAGCAAGAAUCGACACACCGAGAGCUUUAGUAGGAAAACUUAUACAUUCAUUAUUGAUAGAUAUCGGCAAAUCUCAUCCACAAGCCCUUGUGUAUCCCUUGACUGUGGCAUCGAAAUCGUCAUUCAUAGAUCGAAAGAAUGCUGCUAACCAAAUUUUGAAAUCAAUGUGUACACACUCAAAUAACUUAGUCAAUCAAGCUGCUAUGAUAUCUGAGGAGCUGAUUAGAGUUGCUAUACUCUGGCACGAGCAAUGGUAUGAAGCUUUAGAAGAAGCUUCUAGAUUGUAUUUCAGUGAGCGUGAUGUUAAGGCUAUGUUCAAAACUUUAGAACCUCUACAUGCUAUGUUAGAGAGAGGUCCGAAAACAUUGAAAGAAACUUCAUUUAACCAAGCAUAUGGACGCGAUCUCAAUGAAGCCCAAGAAUGGUGUAAUCGAUUUAAGGAGUCGGGCUCCUUCCGCGACCUGAACCAGGCGUGGGACCUGUACUACCACGUGUUCCGGCGCAUCAGCCGCCAGCUGCCGCAGCUGACGUCGCUGGAGCUGCAGUACGUGAGCCCCGACCUGCUCACCUGCCGCGACCUGGAGCUGGCCGUGCCCGGCUCCUACGUGCCGGACCAGGACCUCAUCCGCAUCGCGCACAUUCAGAGCAGCCUGCAGGUGAUAACAUCAAAGCAACGCCCCCGUCGCCUCUGCAUUCGUGGUUCCAACGGCAAGGACUACAUGUUCCUUCUGAAGGGUCACGAAGACCUGCGUCAGGAUGAACGCGUCAUGCAACUUUUUGGACUCGUGAACACUUUACUCCAAGCUGACCCCGACACAUUUAGAAGAGAUCUGGCCAUACAAAGAUACGCCGUUAUUCCAUUGUCCACUAACUCGGGUCUCAUCGGCUGGGUGCCGCACUGUGACACCCUGCACUCAUUGAUAAGGGACUACAGAGAGAAGAGGAAGAUUUUACUUAAUAUAGAACACCGGAUUAUGCAAAGAAUGGCAUCAGAUUUGGAGAAAUUGAUGUUGAUGCAAAAGGUGGAAGUUUUCGAACAUGCUCUUGAACAUACCGCGGGUGACGAUCUAGCGAAGCUAUUGUGGCUCAAAAGCCCUUCAUCUGAAGUGUGGUUCGAACGUCGCACAAAUUACACGCGGUCUCUAGCGGUCAUGAGCAUGGUGGGCUACAUCCUGGGCCUCGGAGACCGACACCCUUCCAAUAUCAUGCUGGACAGAGUUACUGGAAAGUUCUUGCAUAUUGACUUUGGUGAUUGCUUCGAAGUAGCAGUCACAAGAGACAAAUUUCCAGAAAAAAUACCCUUUAGAUUGACUAGGAUGCUUAUCAAUGCAAUGGAGGUAACGGGCAUCGAGGGUACCUACCGUCGCACUUGCGAAUCUGUGAUGGAAGUGUUGCAUCGACAUAAAGACAGCGUGAUGGCGGUGCUCGAGGCCUUCGUGUACGACCCGCUGCUCAACUGGAGGCUCAUAGACGCGGGGAGACGCUCCCGUAACGACGUAGACGCCUGUUCGUCAUCAGACGCCCCGUCUCCCCAACCCAGCCGCAGUAGAGCCCUCGCCAUCAGCGACAUGGACCCCCCCGCUGAGACUAACCUCAACAAGCGAGCCCUGGCCAUCGUCAACAGGGUCCGGGACAAGCUGACAGGAAGAGACUUCACUCACAUUGAUGAUGCUUGCGUGUCCGUUCAGAAGCAAGUCGAUUUGUUGAUCCAGCAAGCAACCAGUAAUGAAAACCUUUGCCAGUGCUAUGUGGGUUGGUGCCCGUUCUGGUAA